AUGAUACCUAAAACUAGCCCAGUUUACAUGACUUGACCUCCAGCGACGAACGUGACACAAUGUUCUCUGGCUGUCAUAAUUGUGACGCUGUUCUGUGUACCUCAUUCUGAGUUUCCUAGCGUUGCUGAGAGACACUGUUUGGCGAGCUUCAGAUGUAUGAUUGGCGACAGAUUAAAUUUCCUCACCCUUAAGUCAGGCACUGAGAGGCUCUGUUUGCUGUAGGAUAUAAUUCAAUACUUGUUAAGGCAGUGCCUGGUGUGUUGGACCUUCAGAAGGACAGGGACCUUGGUGGGAUAACAAGGAGAGGAUGGAGGCAUCUGAAGGAAGGGCUUCUCUGUUGGUUCCACUCUGGAUUUUGGGGGUUAUUGACUUUAUUAGGGUCAAAAUGGAUCAAACUGUAUAUCAUCACUAAAGACUUUCAGAUUUACUUGUGAACCCAAACACAUCUGCCAUGACGGUGAGCCAGCUCCUGCUGUCUGUCUACAUCAUCACCUUCAUACUGGGGGUCCCUGCCAACAUCCUGGCCUUCUGCACAUUCUGUAUCAAGGUGCGUCGCAAGCCGACCCCCAUGGACAUCCUCCUGCUCAACCUCACUGUCUCUGACCUCAUCUUCCUCACCUUCCUGCCCGUGAAGAUGACGGAGGCAUCGGACAACAUGGAGUGGAACUUGCCCUUCCUCAUGUGUCCGAUCUCCAGCUUUUUCUUCUUCUCCUGCAUCUACACCAGCACGUUCUUUCUGACAGCGGUGGCCGUGGACCGCUACCUGGCCGUGGCUUUCCCCAUCCAGUACAAGGUGUGGCGCAGGCCACGCUAUGCUGUGAUAGCAAGCGUCUUCUUCUGGCUGGUGUCUGCUCUGAACCUAAGCAUAACUUACAUUGUGCCCUUUAUGACAAACACAGACAAUGUGACCACUGACAUUCCCAGCACUGUUGCACCGCAAGUCCAGAAACCCAGGAAGUGCUACGAUAACUUUGAAAACAACCAGCUGGAGAUUAUAGUAUCUGUGCGCUUUGAACUCUUCCUGGUGCUCUUUCUCGUCCCCUUCCUCAUCUGCUGCUUCUGCUACAUCAACUUCAUCCGAAUCCUGUCCCAGCUGCCCAGCAUUACCCGUGAGCGCCGUCUGAGGGCCGUGGGGCUGGCGGUGGUCACCCUGCUGGUGUUUACCGUCUGCUUCGCGCCCUACAACAUCUCCCAUGUGGUGGGCUACGUGCACCACAGGAGCGAAGAGUGGAGAAACUUGGCACUCAUCUCCAGCACGCUCAACGCCUGUCUGGACCCUAUGAUCUUUUACUUCUCCUCUUCUAUGGUGCGCCGGGCCAUCAGCUGCUGCCUUCAAGGCUUGACGGAGAAACUGCACAUUCUCCGAGCUCAGUGCUGCCCCCCCAUGGCUCCUGCUAGACCUGACAUUUACAAAGAGACCAACCCCCCUACCCCAAACCCCCAACUUUAAACACGUUGACCCCCCAUUUUCCACACACACAAGCAGACUAACUGUAUAUACUGUAUAUCUACUACUGUAUAUAUAUAAUGGGGUACAUGGAAGUUAUUGUUGUAAGUUAUGAUUAUUGAUGCACCGUAAAAAGGGGAUUUCAUCCAUUGAGAAAAUUUGACAAGAUUGACAACAUGAUUAAGUUGGAACUGUUGCUAUUCUGGGAUUGUAAAUAUGUAUGCAUCUGUAGACCCUUGUACAUGCAUGAGAUCAAACAAAAUCAAGCCUCUUUCGGUUCUGAUGCAUCAGACAGGCAUAUGAAAGCGUUUCAACUGACUUCAUCUCUUUGAGUGCAAAAUGGUCAGAUUUAUUGUGAUGCAUUGCAUUGCGAUACAGUGAUGAUUUUUUUUUGUCUUGCCACCAACAGCCUCCUCUAUACAAGACAUUCAAUUUCACCUCAGAUACUCAGACAACUGACAUUUCACCUCAGAAACUUAUAUAGAUACAUACUGCCCUAUACCACUGCCAUAUGUAAUGUAUGCCUUUUCUGACAGCACAUUAAUGUCUUUCACCGAAAAAUCCACCACAACCUGUACAAGACAAUGUGUAACAUCACAACUGUAAACAGAAACAUAGAAAUGAUCACAGACAGCCAUUUAGCGGAGAAGAGAAAUGAGUACCAUUUGCAAAACUGAGGGAAGAGAGCCAGCAGUGAUCAGUGUUCAAGGGGCUCUGGCUUCGAGAUGAACAAUCUCUACAGGAAGUAAGAGCAAGAACAGGUUAUAUAAUCUCUUGUCACUGAGUCACAGUAAAGAGGAACUGCAAACACCUGCAGCCUUCUCCAAGGUGAGAGGAUAGACUAAUAAAAUGUUGUCAUCUGGACACUGCUUUAAUGAGAUUCCUCUCUCACUCAUUAGCUGUGAACGAACAACUUCACUCUGUUUACACCACUGCAGUAAAGCCAUCAGCUCCCGUGUUUGACUCCUUUAUGGUCCUUAAGGGAAAUCCAAUGGUUGUGCUCAAUAUGUGAGUGAAAACAUUAAUAUAUCUUGUUGUAAAUCAAUUGUCUGGUAAACAAGAAGCCCUAGUUACCAUUUCAUAAAUGUCCUUGAUAUGUGUUGCAGUCUGUUAACUGAAGCUUUGAAAAUUGUAAUUUGAAAAUGACAAUACUAGAUUUACAUUAAAAGGCUUUUUUUGA